AUGGCGUUUCACACUUGCAUUACCUGUUUUGGGGAGUAUACGGCCACAGUCAUGACUUUUGAGGCGCCUCAGAAGUUGUUUUGGGGAGUAGACGGCCACAGUCAUGGUGAUGCCAUGAUACCCCUCCCCCUCUCCCUCCCCUCUCUCCCCCCCCCCCCCCCCCCCCCCCCCCCCCCCUCUCCUCCUCCUCCCCCUCCUCUCACUCCCUUCCCAGUAUCGCCUGCGCCAGGCUGUAAAGACAAGCUGCGUAGGCAAGGAGAGGAGGCUCCACUCUGUGUGCAUUAUGUGGCGCCGUCGUUUUGGGCAGUCAAGGGAGGCGAGCGCAGACUGCGAGUAUGUUUGAGUGUGAUUAUGUUGAGGUGA